AUGAUUGAAACCGACCCACCAGCCUCUAAGAAGAGGAAGAGACCAAGUUUAGUGUGUGAGAACUGUAAGAAAAGGAAAAUCAAGUGCGAUAAGAAAAGUCCAUGUGCACCUUGUACUAAAUCGAACUUGGAAGACUCCUGUUCAUAUGAGUUGACUUUCCUAGAAAGAAACUCUCUCUACAAGAAAUCUGCAACUUUGCCUUAUAUUCAGAGUGCGAGGAACCCCAUAGGGAUUUCUGUGAAGCAACAGAGGGUUUCGUCUCAGAGCAGCCCUUCAAAGCCUGAUGUGGUGGGCAAGAUCGACCUGGAAGAAAACGUCACGGUACCAAAGUCUGAGCUAGAAUUUUUAAAGGAGAGGCUAAGAAGUAUUGAAGCAUCGCUUCUGAACCAAACCACUAAUAUAUUAAGCCCAAAACCUACUUCUGCGUCUUCUGCGUCUCCGACUUCCCUUCCUGACGUUCAAAUUCCCCCAAUUCAGCCACGGCCAGUACCACAAACAAUAAACCAACCAGUUGAACAAGGUCAAGCUCAAACGCAAGUACCUCGAAUUAAUACAAAUCCCUAUAUAUUGACAGCUCCGGCUGCGGUGUAUACUAAUCAACGAAAUGGCCCAACCAUUAACGAAAAUUAUGGAUAUCCAUCGAGGCAAACGUCUAUAUCGAAUUCUUCCGCCACACCAGUGCCACCUGUAUCAUAUCAGACGCCAUACGAUACACCAAGAAGUAUAGACUCCGCAACCAAUUCGAGUUACUUGAAUAACCACACUACAAAGUCUGUCCCCAUCCAGCUCCCACCUUUAAGGUGGAAAGAAAAGGAAAAGGAACAAUUUAACUGUCCUGAAUUAUGUAAGGUCACAUCAGUUGUUCCAUUAAUUGGUGUAAAUCCUUAUGGAUCUGAAGAUGAAACCAUUAAUCUUUAUGAAAAUUACUCAUCGGUUCAUGUCAAAGGGCCUAAUAGAAAGAUUAAUUAUGGUCCAUUCGCAUGGUCAUCUCUUAUGAAAAGAGAUCAUGGAUUGAAAAUGUUAUGGGACUAUAUGAUUACCAAAAAGGAGAAUUCAAAAGAGAGUAACACUACUUUCAUUUUUGCUCAACAACUGAAUGAAAUUACAAAAGAGAAUGCUCAAGUACUUACAGCGGUCCUUCCUAAAGGUAAAGGAUAUUCAGAAUCUUUAGAAACUGCCUUUCAUAAGCGGGCGUUAGAACCAGAUGGAUUUGGUGACAUAAUACCAUAUAAAAGUAUGAUAAAUGGACGGUAUGUGACUGAAAGGACGAAAGAAAGUACCUUACCAUUGGGAUUGUCAUAUUUCGAAGGUAAAUUAGGUAGAGAGUUUCAACUUAUAGAUACGUUGAAGGCAAUUCUUCCUAAAAGAAAAGUCAUAUGGAAACUUAUUGACCGAUAUUUCACAUAUUUGUAUCCAUAUAUGGCAUUUCUCGAUCAGGUAUGUUUCACGGAUGCAAUUUCGGGGAUUAUUGGGCCGAGAGGAUAUGAUGAUAAAAAAAUUGACGAUAUCCGAAUAGAAAAGAGAAUCGAUCUUGCCUAUAUGGGAAUAUUAUGCGUUUUAUUAAGACUAACAUAUCUAUCAUUAUUUGUCAAUAAAUCUUCAGUAAACGAAGAAAGAUUAACCACUACGGAUCCUUCUCCUGAAGCACAAGAAAUGAAGUACUUAUUUUUGAAUCCGAUCACCGUGGAUACAAUCGAUGUGGCACAACUCUGUUUGGAUCAAUUCCAAUUAUUGCGGAAAACAAGUUUAGUGGUACUUCAAUUGGCAUUCUAUAUGCGACUUUACCACUCAUACGCACCCGAGGAUGGUGAUGGUGCAGAUGGUGGUGACUCUCAAGUUUCAAGUGCCAUGAUUAUUCAAAUGGCUUACUCAUUGGGAUUGAAUCGAGAGCCAAGUAAAUUCCCUGAUAUAGUAAAUAAUCCAAGAUUGGAUCAUUUAUGUCGAAAAAUAUGGAAAAUUUUAUGUCUAUCUGAUAUUCAUCAAGCUUAUUCGUUUGGGAACCCCAUGAGUAUUGAUAAAAUAUUCUAUGAUACUAAAGCACCAUAUUUUGAAGAACAAUCAGCCAAUAUUCCAAACCUUGAACUUGAUAAAGAAGUUACAGAGAUGUUCCAAAAGUGCGGCAUAGUAUUAGAGCCAAUGACUAAGCUUAUGCGUAUUUUGCUUGAUGUUGAAGGUCGAGCAAAUAUGGCAGAAGUUUGUAAAAUACUUUCUAAAGUGGAGAAAGACCAAUAUCAACAACAUAGUAUAUGUGCUUCUCUGUGGGAGGCUAUAUCUGCAGGGAAUCUACCUAAACCAUCACCUGCUCAAGUCUACAGACGUAACUUUCUGAUAAAGGUGUAUAUGUCCCUUCAAGCCUUUUUCAUGUCGGUUUAUUUCCAUUUCUACCUUUAUUACGAACCAAAAAGUGUGGACUUGUGCUUUUUUUAUGUAAAGAAAAUGCUUUUAAUCUCAACUGGUACUAUAAUGCCCCAUUACUUUGACUUGUUGGGAAAUACAGAAUAUGUUUGUGACUUUGUUGUCAACCCUACACUUCAACUGUUUAUCCAUAAGGCUAACCAAUUGAACCUUGCCUUAAUCAUUCGGGUCAAUUAUGUACUUUAUCACUUCCUUCAAGAUGCUAAUCAUGAGACGAGAAUGGAAACAGAUCCAGACUUUAAAAAAUAUUUUUUAGCAAUCUUAAGAUUGUCAAACCUUUUGAAAAGAAGUGCUGAAAUAUCGAUAUCUGCUAUUUCUAAAAUUAGUAACCGAUAUUAUUAUGCUUGGAGAAUUACGAAAAGUCAUACAUACUUAUUGAAGACAAUCAUGAAUGUUCUGUUUUACCGCGACAAUUACCAUCAAGCACAACAAUUAUGCUUUGCUAUAUUUUCAUUUGAAUACGUAGAUGUCAUGAACUCAAUUAUUGAUGUUAGUGUUCAAAGAUUUCCAAAAGUGGAUUCAUUGGCUCCAGACUUCAUUUCUUUAUCCAAAAGUACAUCAACUACAGAAACGGCAACUCCAAAUGAUACUCCAAAGGAUGCAACUCCUGCAAAUGGUGGAGGUGGAGUAGGGGUAGAUUUUGAAGCAGAUUUCAUCGAUAAUAAAGAGAUUGAUCUGUUGUGGUUUCAGAUGAUAUCUAUGAAGUACGAAAAUAAAGAUUCUUCAUUAAGAAGCAAUUUAGGACAAACUUCAGCAUCCACAUCGACUUCUCAACAGCCUCCAGCUGAAACUACACAGGGGAUAGAUGUCAGACAUGGAUUUGAUUUGGAAGAACUUUCUAGAUUUGACCUUUUUAAUGAUUUACCAUUUGAUCAACUUUUCGCCAAAAAUGAAUUUUCCUAA